GCCGGGCCGCGGUUGGCCGGAGGGAGCCGAACCUCUUCCGGAAGUGGCCGAGCUGUGGGGUCUCGCUCUCCGACCUCAGCCGAUCGCCGGGCCUUGUUCUCCGGGUCGGCCGAAGGUGUUCCGGAAGGAGGCGAACCCCGAAGCGGGCCGGCAAGCUUACCCCGCGGCCGGCAGAGCCCCAAGCUCGGCGAAAUUGAGGGGAGCCGGAGCCUGGCUCCGGUCCUGCGGGAGCCGAGCUCGUUCCGGAAGAAGCCGAGCGGACUGGCGCCGGCCCCGGCGUCUCGGGCGUGAGGCGGUAACGGCGGCUGCGACCGCGCGGGCCGGGAUGAACCGCGACGGCUGAGGCAGCAGAGGUGCCUGCUGCGCGGGCCCUACUGAGACUUUCGCGAAACGCCAGCCCCGCGCUCGGGGCUUCUCCUUUAACCGAUCCCUGCCCCAGCGAGCCUUCCGGACCCCUUUGUGCGUCCGGAGGCGGCGGCGGGAACGGCCAUGGCGGCCAACAUGUACCGGGUGGGGGAUUACGUCUAUUUUGAGAACUCUUCCAGCAAUCCUUACCUGGUUAGACGGAUUGAGGAGCUCAACAAGACCGCAAAUGGAAAUGUGGAGGCAAAGGUUGUGUGCCUUUUCCGGCGAAGGGACAUUUCUAGUAGCCUCAACAGCCUGGCUGAUAGUAAUGCCAGGGAGUUUGAGGAGGAAUCAAAGCAGCCGGGGGUGUCAGAGCAGCAGCGACAUCAAUUGAAGCACCGCGAGCUUUUUCUUUCUCGGCAAUUUGAAUCAUUACCAGCUACCCACAUACGGGGGAAAUGCAGUGUGACCCUCUUGAAUGAGACAGAUAUCUUGAGCCAGUACCUGGAAAAGGAGGACUGUUUUUUUUACUCACUGGUGUUUGACCCUGUGCAGAGGACACUUCUUGCUGAUCAGGGGGAGAUCAGAGUUGGUUGCAAAUACCAAGCUGAGAUCCCCGAUCGCCUGGCAGAGGGAGAAUCUGAUAAUCGAAACCAACAGAAGAUGGAGAUGAAGGUCUGGGAUCCAGACAACCCUCUAACAGACCGGCAGAUUGAUCAGUUUCUCGUGGUGGCCCGGGCGGUGGGGACCUUUGCAAGAGCCCUAGAUUGCAGUAGCUCCAUUCGGCAGCCAAGCCUGCACAUGAGUGCAGCUGCUGCCUCCCGAGACAUCACCCUGUUUCACGCGAUGGAUACCUUGCAAAGGAAUGGCUAUGACCUGGCUAAAGCCAUGUCUACCCUGGUGCCCCAGGGGGGCCCGGUGCUGUGUCGGGAUGAGAUGGAAGAAUGGUCUGCCUCAGAGGCCAUGCUAUUUGAGGAGGCCCUGGAGAAGUAUGGGAAGGAUUUCAAUGAUAUUCGUCAGGACUUUCUACCCUGGAAGUCACUUGCCAGCAUAGUCCAGUUUUAUUACAUGUGGAAAACCACAGACCGCUAUAUUCAGCAGAAAAGAUUGAAAGCUGCUGAAGCAGACAGCAAACUGAAACAAGUCUAUAUCCCCACCUACACUAAGCCAAACCCCAAUCAGAUCAUCUCUGUGGGCUCGAAACCUGGUAUGAAUGGGGCUGGAUUCCAGAAGGGCUUGACUUGCGAGAGCUGCCACACCACACAGUCUGCCCAGUGGUAUGCCUGGGGUCCCCCCAAUAUGCAGUGCCGCCUCUGUGCUUCCUGUUGGAUCUACUGGAAGAAGUAUGGGGGACUGAAGACCCCCACCCAGCUUGAGGGGGCUGCUCGGGGCACAACAGAGCCACACUCGAGGGGUCAUUUAUCCAGACCUGAAGCCCAAAGUCUUUCCCCCUAUACAACCAGCGCCAACCGGGCCAAGCUGCUGGCUAAAAACAGGCAAACAUUCCUGCUGCAGACCACAAAGCUGACCCGUCUUGCCAGACGCAUGUGCAGGGAUCUGUUACAGCCGAGGAGGGCUGCCCGAAGACCCUAUGCCCCUAUCAAUGCAAAUGCCAUCAAGGCAGAGUGCUCCAUUCGACUUCCUAAGGCUGCCAAGACUCCACUGAAGAUUCACCCUCUGGUGCGGCUGCCCCUGGCAACUAUCGUCAAAGAUCUGGUGGCCCAGGCACCUCUGAAACCAAAAACACCUCGGGGUACCAAGACACCAAUCAACAGAAACCAGCUGACCCAGAACCGGGGCCUGGGAGGCAUUAUGGUGAAACGGGCCUAUGAGACUAUGGCAGGGGCAGGGGUCCCAUUCUCUGCCAAUGGAAGGCCUCUGGCCUCAGGGAUUCGCUCAGGCUCACAGCCAGCAGCCAAGCGUCAGAAACUAAACCCAGCUGAUGCCCCCAAUCCCGUGGUGUUUGUGGCCACAAAAGAUACCAGGGCCCUGCGGAAGGCUCUGACCCAUGUGGAAAUGCGGCGAGCUGCACGCCGGCCCAACCUGCCCCUGAAGGUGAAGCCACCACUGAUUGCAGUGCGGCCCUCCGUCCCUCUCUCUGCACCCUCACAUCCUGCCAGCACCAAUGAGCCCAUUGUCCUGGAGGACUGAGCAUCUGUCGGGGAGGUGGGCUGAAAGCUAGAGGGGGGGUUUCUCUUCCUGUCCGGUGUCCGGACUUUCCUAAUUGGAGUUUGAGGCCCCUAAGCUGGCAUCAACCCCAGCCUAUGCUCUCUCUUUCCUUCCCUCCCCUUGUCCCCUUUGCCUUUUGUAUGCCAAUUCUCAGAAAUAAAGAUCUUUUGUCCGUUUUUUUAACCUCGGAUUCUGUAAUUGGUUCUUAUAGUAACAAAUAAAAAGCUGUUUUCUUCA